AUGUCCAACUUCACCAAGCCGGACGGAUUCGCAGACCCUCAAGACCCUAAGCUCGUGGCUGAUGCGAAAAAGGAAGUCGUCGACUAUGAAUAUACGUACACUGAGCGAGAUGUAAUUCUCUAUAACAUUGGAGUUGGUGCAACAGAACAAGAUCUUCAGUGGACUUUUGAAGGACACGAGGAUUUCUCUCCCCUUCUUACGUUCGGUGUUAUCCCCCAAUUCCAUGCCAGCGGAAGUAUACCUCUCGAUUGGUUGCCGAACUUUAACCCAGCGAAGCUUCUCCACGGAGAACAGUAUUUGAGUAUCAAGGCACCCAUACCCACCUCCGGUGAGCUUGUGAGCAAAGCCAGGAUCAUGGAGGUUUUGGACAAAGGCAAAGCUGCUGCGGUGACUUCUAUCGUCGAAACCAGAGACAAGCGUACUGGAAAGCUCAUUUUUGAGAACCAAUCUACGGUGUUCAUUCGUGGUGCUGGAGGGUUUGGCGGGAAACGAACUGGAAUGGACCGCGGACCAGCUUCGGCAGCCAACGAACCUCCAAAACGCGCGCCGGAUGCUACUAUGGAAGAGAAGACCUUCCCAUCUCAAGCUGCACUCUACCGAUUGAGUGGUGAUUAUAAUCCCCUUCACAUACUGCCGGAGUUCGCUGCCAUCGGAGGAUUUGACAAACCCAUCCUCCAUGGGCUCUGCUCUUUGGGUAUCGCCGGUAAACACGUAUACAAGACCUACGGUCCAUUCUCCGACAUCAAAGUUCGGUUUGCGGGGGUUGUAUAUCCCGGUGAGACGCUUGUCACGGAAAUGUGGAAGGAGGGAUCCAAGGUCACAUUCCUGGCCAAGGUCAAGGAGAGGAAUACUGUUGUUUUGGCUUCAGCUGCGGUUACUAUUGCUGAAAAAUCCAAACUGUAG